UGAAGAUGGAAGCAGGAGGGAAGCGUGCGCUGCUGGCGGCGUGUGCGCUGAUCUGCUCCGAACAGGAGCGGAAGAGAAAGAGACAGCGAGCCUGGGUGAGGGCGUGGAUCGGCGGCCGCGGCCAGCAGGGCCUGUCGGUGCUGCAGAGAGAGCUGCAGAUGGACGACAGGAGCGGCUUCAGGGAGCUGCUGCGGAUGACGGCGGAGGAGUUUGACUUCCUGCUGGGGAAAGUGGAGCACCUGAUCCGGAAACGGGACACUAAGAUGAGGCUGGCCAUCUCGGCCCGGGAGCGCCUGUCCCUGACCCUGCGCUUCCUGGCGACAGGUGAAACAUUCCAGUCCCUCCGGUUCCAGUACAGGAUUGGGACCAGCACCGUCUCACAGAUCGUGAUGGAGACCUGCACGGCCCUGCACGAGGUCCUGAAGGAAGACUUCCUAAAGACUCCAUCAACGGAGGCGGAGUGGCGGCUCAUAGCCCGGGACUUCCAGACCAAAUGGCAGUUUCCACAUUGCCUCGGUGCGCUGGAUGAAAGACACAUCCACAUCCAGCCUCCAAAGAAGAGUGGAAGUCUUUACCACAACCACAACGGGAGGUUCUCUGUGCCGGUGCUGGCGGCCGUAGACGCCAACUACAGGUUCAUCUACGUGAGCGUCGGUGCUCAGGGCGGCUCUCCACACGCUGGACUCUUCCCAGACUCAGACCUGUGCAUGGCCAUGGACCAGGACAUGCUGGACUUCCCUCCCCCCGAACCGUUACCCGGGUCCCACGCAGUCAUGCCGUACGUGUUUGUGGGGGAUGAAACGUAUCCGUUACGGUGUGACCUGAUGAAGCCGUAUCCAGACGUGCAGACGGACCGCGCUCAGAGAGUACUCAACUACCGACUGUCCAGAGCGCGGCGAGUGGUGGAGAACGCGUUUGGUAUUCUAGCGAACAGGCUGAAGAUCUUCAGGUCCACCAUCUGCUUGGAGCCGGAUAAGGUGGUGAAGAUCACCAUGGCGUCUCUCUGCAUCCACAACUUCCUGUGUGAGCGCAGGUCUGAGGCGUACGCACCGCCGGCCUUUGCAGACUGGGAGACUGCAGACCACGGCAUGGUGGACGGAGCCUGGAGGAGUCAGGGACUGGGAGCUCUGCAGCCGGCCCGGCUCAGGGGGGAGAGCAGCGCCACCGACACGGCCACGGUGCAACGGAACCUUCUGAGAGAUUAUCUAGUGUCCCCGGUGGGGAGCGUUCCCUGGCAGGAGCAGCUCCUGUAGAAGACUGUGGUGAUGGAGGGUUUGUUUGUGCAGCACCGCCCCAUGUUGGAACCCGUGUUCUGACCAUUUCUGCUCCCUGCCGAGAAAUGCUCCUUUGUGGUUCUGCACACGCGCACAGUCGAUUUUCAAAGUUUGCAUCAUUUCUUGCACAAUGUAAAAUGGAUAAUAUGUGAUGUUGAGUAUUUGAUCCUUCAAAAUACACGACCCAUGACCACUUACCCAUUAUCGUUCACGAAAACGAACGAAAUAACGAAAACUAAAAUUGAAAAAACAAUUUAGUUAACUGAACUAAAUAAAAACGAAAAUUAAAAGA